CGGAUCUAAAUUCUCCUCCUCAAGUCUUACUCCGUCAAAAUUACCAGAUCUCGAAUCUCGAUCCACCUUUUGCCAAGUUCCCGCGAAUAUACCCAAUGUAAACUAUCCAACAUCUAUUUUUGCUUGUCUCAGUCCACGAUUUUCUCCAAGCGACAACAUGACAAGGUCCUCCGUGGGUUCAACGUAUAAAAGGGCGACACUCCGUCCCCCAUUACCUCCUCAGGUUGCGCCGUCUGUACCUUCCCCCCCCUCCGAUAUCAUAUCUUCUUCUUUUUUUUCUUUAAAAAAAUCCAAUCUUGUUAAAAAUGUUGAAUGCAGCAACCUCUUCAGCUUUAACUUUCUCCUCAACGCCCAAUUUCUAUCGUUCCCCCUCAUCAUUAUCCAUCGUCCUACCGAAUCCAAAGACCAUCAUCUCCAGUUAUGCGCGGAGUUCGGUUCUUGCCGUCAUGGAGAAAGCGAUCACUCGCGGUCACUUGACAGUCGCUGAUUCUGAAGGUGUUCAUCACUUCGGUACUCGCUCAAAAGGCUCAAACGAUGUCUACCUCAAAGUCAUCAACACCGACUUCUGGAUGCGCAUUCUAUUUUCCCAGGAUCUUGGCUGCAAUGAAGCCUAUAUGAUGGGAGACGUCGAAGUCGACAGCCUCAAGGCUGUCAUGGACCUUUGGCUGGACAAUGAGCCUGGAAUGGACAACUUGACAUCUGCUGUCUCUCGCAUAACUUCGGCAAUUUCCGGAAUAUCAAACGCGUUUCUAGGUCAGACGCGCUCAAAAGCACGAUUGAACGCCAUCGCCAGUUACGAUCAGUCAAAUGAGCUAUUCAAGGCCUUCCUCAGCCAGGAAAUGAUGUACUCUUGCGCCCUCUGGACCGAGGCCGAAGGUGGUGUUCGUGGUGACUUGAUCUCUGGUCCCACGCCCGGGGACUUGGAAGCCGCACAGCUUCGCAAAAUUCGUUAUGUUCUCACCGCGGCCAAAGUCAAGCGAGGUGACCGAAUCCUAGAAUUUGGUUCUGGCUGGGGUGGUAUGGCCAUCGAGGCUGCUCGCACUUUUGGCUGCGAGGUUGAUACCUUGACGCUCUCAAAAGAACAGAAGGCUCUUGCUGAGGAACGCAUCAAGGCCGCUGGUCUACAAGAUGUCAUUCGUGUUCAUCUCUUGGACUACCGCGAAAUUCCUCCCACUUUCGAAAAGGCCUUUGACGCGUUUGUGAGCAUCGAGAUGCUCGAGCAUGUGGGCUCCAAGCAUUACCACGAUUACUUCAGGCUUGUCGACUUUGCACUCAAGUCCAGUAAUGCAACCGCUGUUGUUAGUGCAUCAACAUUCCCAGAAUCAAGAUACUCCGGCUAUCAGCCUGAGGAUUUCAUGCGCAAAUACAUGUGGCCCAACUCCUGCCUCCCUAGUGCCACGGCACUUAUUACUGCCGCUAACACCGGUUCAGAAGGGCGUUUCACCCUCGAAGGCGUAGAAAAUCACGCAGCUCACUACCCACGGACACUGCGCGAAUGGGGACGUCGUCUUGACGCCAACGUCAGACAGGACUUGAUUGUCAAAGACUACCCUACCUUAAAGGACAAAACCGAAUUUGAUGCUUUCCGCCGCAAAUGGCAAUAUCUGUUUGCAUACGCGGGCGCUGGUUUUGCUAAAGGUUACAUCACCUGCCAUAUGCUCACAUUCACCCGUCCAAAUGACUGCCCCAUCACCUGCGAUUGA